AUGGAGGGGCUUCCAAAUCCUUCCGAACCGAACACGACCACGACUCGAGCGAGCUUUCCCCAGUCCCCGUCUGAAUUUCAUGACGAUUACAGAAUUUCCUUUUCCAAACUUGACGAGAAGUACUAUUUGGAGGCUGAGGAUGGGACAGAGUGGGAAUACGAUAAUGCGCUGAAUAGAUGGGUCCCCCUGGUGGACGAUGCCCUCUUAGAACAACAGAGGGAGGCGUACAAAGUUGAAGGCGUAAAUGAAGACGAACCAGUCGAUCUCAAGCAGCAACAGCAGCAACGGCGGCUGAAGCGGAAAAAUUAUACCGGUGACCAAAAUGAUAUCAAGCCGACCCAAGUCUCCAAGCCCAAGAAACCGCGCGUAAAUACCGCUGUCUACGUUACAUCCAUCCCCCUUGACGCCUCCAUGGACGAAGUGAACGACGUAUUCAGUAAAUGCGGAGUCAUUGCCGAAGAAAUCGACCGGCGAAAGCCACGGAUAAAAAUGUAUACUGACGAUGAAGGGAAGUUCAAGGGGGAUGCGCUGGUCGUAUACUUCCGUCCUGAAUCUGUCAACCUGGCCAUUCAGAUGCUUGAUGAUACAGAUUUUAGGUUUGGAGAAACGGGACCCGAGGGCAAGAUGAAGGUCCAAGCGGCGGAUUUCUCAUUUAAAGCACAAAAAGAGGCUCCGGUCAAGCAGAAUAUGAGCGAGAAGAGGAAAAUUAUGAUAAAAACUCAAAGGCUGAAUAGCAAACUUGCGGACUGGGACGACGACGAGCCGUCGACUGUUCCAACAAGUUCUUCCCGAUGGGAUAAAGUGGUCAUUCUCAAACAUAUGUUUACGCUACAGGAGCUUGAGGAAGACCCGGCUGCAAUCCUCGACAUAAAGGAAGAUAUCCGACAAGAAUGCUCGAAGCUAGGCGACGUCACCAACGUCGUACUAUACGACAGGGAGGAAGAGGGCGUAGCUAGCGUACGGUUCUCAGAUGCCGAAUCUGCAAAUACCUGUGUUCAGAAAAUGGAUGGCCGGUUUUUCUCAGGCACGAGGGUAGUAGCAUAUAUCGCCGAUGGCAGCGAGAGGUUUAGGAAAUCGAGUGCGAAGAAUCCAGCUGCUCUGGCUGCUGUUGAUGCGGAAGAGGCGGAGGAUGCCAGCGAGGAGGAAGCUGAGAGACUUGACAAGUUUGGCUCAUGGUUGGAGAGCGAAGGGAAAAGCUAA